AUGCACACUGCAACACGGAGUGUGUGUUUCGCCUGGGAUACUAAUGUACUUUUUGUGAACGUUUACACACACAGAUCGUUCUCCAAAAUACUUUCAAUUUCAACUGAAGUCAUUUAACGCAUCUAAAAGAAACAGUUUAUAUUCGUGAAGGACCAGAACAGCUAUACGAUGCCAUUUCCAAGGGGAAAGAAGCCCACCACCUGCAAAAUCCCAAAACAUAAUACCAAUGGACCGGAGAACCAGCAGGAUGGGCUCCAGACCAAGCGUUCGUCCUCAUCUCCUCAAGGGGCUCCUAAGAAAAGAACUGCUUUUAUUGACAUCACCAAUGCACACAAGAUUGAGCUAAGCAAUCCCAUCAAGAGGAAAGAUCCUAUCAAGAUGUUGCAGAAGAAGGCCUCGGUAUUUGCUAAGAAUGAUGACACCUUAAAAAAAUCAGCCGUGUCCAGUUCGGAGGAACAGAUUCAGGAACUGAAGAAUGUGGUGUCACCAGUUGAGAAACCAGUGGAGCCCUGUUCCAAAGCUUCAAUUCCUCCACAUCUACUGCCCCCACAGAUCCCUCCAGAGUUUGACAUAGAUUCUGAGCACCUCAGCGACUCAACACAUGCACCAGAGUACGCCAAAGAUAUUUUUGACUAUCUCAAGAGCAGAGAGGAAAAGUUUGUCUUGAGUGACUACAUGGCUUAUCAGCCAAAUCUGAACAGCAAUAUGAGAGCGAUUUUAGUGGACUGGCUGGUUGAGGUCCAGGAGAAUUUUGAGCUGAAUCAUGAGACUCUGUACCUUGCUGUGAAAAUGAUGGAUCAUUAUCUGGCUGUGACCCAGGCCAAGCGGGAAUCUUUACAGCUCAUUGGUUCCACUGCCAUGCUCAUUGCUUCGAAGUUUGAGGAACGGGCUCCACCUUGCGUAGACGAUUUCCUUUAUAUUUGCGAUGACGCCUACAAGCGCUCUCAACUCAUCAUCAUGGAGAUCAGCAUCCUGCAGGCGCUGAACCUUGACAUUAAUAUUCCGGUUCCAUACCGUUUCCUCCGUCGUUAUGCCAAGUGUGUGAAUGCCGGUAUGGACACUCUGACUCUGUCACGUUUUUUUUGUGAGCUGAGUCUGCUGGAGAUGGAGUUUGUGCCCGUGAGAGCCUCUCUGCUCGCCUCUGCAUGUCUGCUCAUCGCCCUGGUUACAAAGGAUUUGGGAGGAUGGACACCGUGUCUGCAGUUCCAUUCUGGAUACAACGUGGAGGAUCUGGUGCCUGUGGUAAGAAAACUUCAUCACAUGCUCAGCAGCCCACCAGAUAGUAAGCUCGCCAUCAUCAGGAGCAAGUACGCUCACAAGGUUUUCUUUGAAGUUGCAUUGAUCCCCACAGUGAAUCUGCAGAAGCUGGAGGGUUUUUUGAAGUGAGCUGAGGGGGAAUACCUGUAAUGUUUUGAACACUGUAAAUAUUAUAUUUAAUGUUGUAUUUUAAUCAUAUGAAAUAAAGUGUUUUAUAUCUGUGUAAAUGGAAUGGAUAUGCAUGUCUUCUAUUAUAUGUUUGGAUGUGUUUAAACCAUAUUAUAUAUAUAAACCAUAUUAGUCCUUUAAUGUAAAAUAAUUUGACGAAACCAGUGACUGUAUUAUAAAUGUUGUUAUAGAAAGCUUGAAACGUUCAAGAAACAUGUUGAUAAAGUAUAAACAAUCAUAUCAGUUAUUAUUCACCUUAUUAGUUUAUUAGUUCUUAAGAUUUGUAUCUUUUUGAAUAUUAUGUUACUAAAAUAGCAUUUUAUCAAUGCUUAAACAUGUACAUAUGUGUUUGUCUGUUGGUUUUCCAACAGAAUUGUACAGUUUGCCAUGACUGAGUUGGAAGCAUUUUUCUAAACAAAAAAAACGAAACUAAAUAAAUCACAUUUGAAUUUAGUGUGUUUCAAA